AUGCAGGCGGUGAGUGGCUCUGCGAGGACCCCGCGCUUUCUAGCCCCGGCCGCCUCUCCGCGGUUCCGGGCCGUGCUUGGGCGCGCGGUCCGUCGGGCUCUGGGCGCAGAGCCCCGGAUGAAGAACCUAACCUCUCGGGAUCGUGAAGUAAUUUGUAAACUAUCAACCUUCCAGCUUCAAUCACUUAUUAUUGAUGCAUUCCAUGGUAAAGGAUUUCAGAAAAUAAAAGAAUAUUUUCAACAGAGAUGGAGCCACAUUCCUCAAAAAUAUAAUCAUCUUGUAUUAUACCAUCUUGACAAAUCAAUAAAUAAGGAACUGGAUAAAAAUGAAUUCCAGUAUGUUUCAUUGCUGCUGAAAUGUAUUCAGCGGUUCUUCAUUGAUGGCCUCAAAGAAGAGGAGCCUUUGCUAAUUCAGCAGGGACUGAUCCCAAAGAUGGCGACCUGGUUUGAAAGAACAGUAGGAUUUCUGACCGUGGAAGAUCUAGCUUCAGACACAUCCCUGAUUAAUGUCACAGAAGACUUCUUUGACACAGUGCUGAUUACUUCCAGGAGUACUAGAAAAGGAAAAAUUCAGAUGUUGGAUUCCUUCAUGUUUACCUUAGGAUCUCUGGUGACAGAAAAAACGGUAACUCAUUUGACUCAACAAGAGGCUCUGAAGACUCUGAACAGCAUUUUGCAAGCCGUACCUUGGGAAGAGAGAAAACAGCUCUCCCUGUCAGAAGGCCCCAGACAGCUCCUGAAAGAUUUUGCAAGGACAAUCUUGACUGUGGGUGAUUACAACCAGCAGGUCUCUCUUUCUGAAGCAUUGUGUAGACUGACAACUAAAACAUCAAGGAAUGACCUUGUCCGUCAGUGGUUUGAAGAUGAUGUCAUUGCUGAAGCUUUCAAAAAUAUUAAGGAUCGUGAAUUUGAGACGGACAGUAGACUGUUUCUCAAUUACCUAAACAACAGACUUGGCGACCAAAGAAGGGUCUAUUCAUUUCCGUGUGUUGCUGCUUUUGCUGAUGGGCAUGAGAUGAGAAAACCAGCAGAUGAAAAAUUAGAGGAAUUUUGGAUUGAUUUCAACCUAGGAAGUCAGAGUGUAACUUUUUAUAUAGAUAAUACCAAGAGUGCUCUGUGGGAUUCAGUAAGACUUUUGAAGGAAGCAGUGAUUAAUUUCAGCAUAAUAGAAACUGAAAGGAAGAAGAUGCUCAUCAUUUACUUGAAGCCUAUUAAUAUCACAAACAGAGAAGUGAGGAAAAUAGAAAUCCAUUUCGAUUUGCAAUUCAACAUAUCACAAGCUUCCAUUAAAGCUUUAGGAGAAGACAAACAGAUAUUGUCUGACCAGACAAAAAUCUCCUCACAACCUCUUGAUAAGUUUGAAAAGGAAGACACUGAGAUUCCUAUAAUCCACGAAAGAGAGACAGACCAGGCAGAGGAAUCCACUGAGCUGGCAGAGUCAGCACCUGCUGAAGUUGAUGACUGCCUAAUAACUCUCCCCUUAAACGACCAGCCUGAGCUUGCUCAAACAAAGGUAGCUGAUGGUUCACCUGAAAAAUUGAAACUGGGUGACAUGCAACAAGAAGUUACUUCAGAACAUGAGCCUUCUUCAGAUUUACAAGAACAGUCAGUAAAAAUUCUGGUUCCUAAGUUAAAAGACAAAUCCAGUAAAUUUAUCCAUUGCAUACUUUCACCUUCCAUUUUAGUCUUGCCACUUUCCCCUCUCAGUCCUGGCAGUGACCACUAUAAAGACCAGGCUAAACUUCUAACACCAUUGUGGAAAGAUACCUCCAGGCAAAAUAAUGCCAUACCUCCAAAAAUUUCUGGACCAAAAUUUCAGGGUAGUUCUGCCCGUUUAACUCCUGAAGCUUCUGCCCAGAAAACAGACUCGGAACUUCAGAGCCCCCGCCCCCAGAGCAGCCCGUCUUCACUGCAGCGCUCAGAAGCUGAAGAGCAUGCGUCUGAGUCUGUGAACCAAGACUCACUGAUGAAAAGUGCUAACCUCAGGCGUAAACUGGGAAACCUGGAAGACAGAGACAUGUCAGAGAGUAGUUCUGCUAAGUGGAAACAGUCAAAAUUGGACGAAGAUGAUGCUCCGGGAUCCCUUUCCUCAGUGAUAGAAGAAACAGACUUGGCAGAAGACAUUUCUACUUCAUCCCUGGCAGUUGUGCCAGAGACCUUGAAGAGCUCUGCUGUUAUCACAACCUUUGAGAACUUCACUAGAGAACUGAAAAAAAAUUAUGAGCUUAGGUACAGAAGGAGUGCACUUUAUUCUAAAUAUGCAAAGCAAGCACCGAAUUGCCUAAUACAGCUUUUAAACCAGAUACAUCACUGCAGACUGAAUAAACUCGAGAAGUUUAACAGUUUUGUUCUUCAAGAGCUGACCAGUCUUGAGAAGGAUAUUCAGGCUCUGAAACACCUUGAGAAGGACAUUGUGGAAUUUUUGGGGAAACAGGCUGAUGAUCUGAAAUCAUUCUGCGAUCUGCAAAUGCUGAGGCUUAAUGCAAUUCAGCCUUCCUGAGGAAAGCCAAAGCCCGGUUUUAUUACUGCAUUCCUGGGAUGUCUGUGCAAUCCGAGUGUUGAUGAGAACCUGGAAUAACGGACAGUUUUCCAGGAAAAUGCAAUUUAACAGAAGAAACUCCCAAAUACUUAGAACAACAGGCAAACAUUCAUAGAAGAAAUAAAGCCGAUAAAGAACUGCCCUGCAAAUGCGUG